GUGGCAAGAAACUCCAUACUGCUGGUGGAUGACGAGGCUGGGAUUCGAAAGUCCCUGGGCGCCGUUCUGAGCGAGGAAGGCUUCAAGGUGACCACGGCCCGUACCGGAGAAGAGUGUUUGCGCCUGCUGGAGAAGAAGAUUUUCGAGCUGAUUCUGUUGGACAUCUGGCUGCCCGGCAUCAACGGGUUGGAGACCCUGGAGACCAUCAGGAAGAGGAAGGUGGAUGCGGCCGUGGUGAUGAUUUCGGGCCACGCCACCAUUGAAACGGCGGUCAAGGCGACCAGGCUGGGGGCCUUUGAUUUCAUCGAGAAACCCCUGUCCAUCGAGAGGACGCUGGUGGUGGUCAAGAACGGGUUGGAGAACAAGCGCCUGCAGGAUGAAAAUCGAACGCUCAAGUCCCGGUUGGGUGAACACUACAAAAUCAUCGGCCAAAGCAUUCCCAUCAAGGCCCUGCGCCAGCAAUUGGCCAUCGCGGCCCCCACCGAUGGCCGGGUGCUGAUCUACGGGGAGAGCGGCACCGGAAAGGAACUGGUGGCUCAUGCGCUGCACCACCAGAGCCUGCGAAAUGCGGCACCCUUCGUGGAGGUCAAUUGUGCCGCCAUCCCCGACGAGUUGAUCGAGAGCGAACUGUUCGGCCAUGUCAAAGGGGCCUUUACGGGUGCCACCGCCAACAAAGUGGGAAAGCUGGAAAAGGCCGACGGGGGCACGCUCUUUCUGGAUGAGGUUGGAGACAUGACCCUGAAGACUCAAUCCAAGGUGCUCAGGGCACUGGAAACCCAACGCUUCGAACCCGUGGGCGCCCAAUCGACGGUAUCGGUGGAUGUUCGCGUCAUCGCGGCAACCAACAAGAAUCUGGACCAGGAAAUGCAACGGGGCAACUUCCGCGAAGACCUUUUCUACCGGCUGAACGUCAUCCCCUUCUACGUGCCACCGCUGCGCGAGCGUACCGAGGACAUUCCGGUGCUGGCGGAAUUCUUCAUCGGAGACUUCUCCCGUCACUACGGGCGGCCGCCCAAGGAUCUGAGCGAGGAGGCGGUGGCUUUGUUGACGGCCUAUUCCUGGCCCGGCAACGUUCGCGAGCUGAAGAACCUGGCCGAGCGGCUGGUGAUCAUGACGCCCGCACGCAGGAUUGAAGCCCGGCACCUGCCGGCCGGACUGCUCAAGACCAACGGCCCCGGGGAGGAUCCGGUUGAGACCAGGAGCUUGUCGGAAGCCCGCAUGGCCUUCGAUCGAGACUAUAUCCUCAAGAAACUGGAGGAGAACCGGGGGAACAUUUCGCGCACGGCCGAAACGCUGGGCAUCGAGCGCAGCCACCUGCACCGCAAGCUCAAAUCCCUGAAGAUCACCGUCAGUCGGGGAUCGGUCAGGACACAAUGA